ACACACUCAUUCCCUCUCUCCAACCAAAAUUUGACUCUUUCUCUCUCUAGAUUUUUUUUUUUGGUUUUUACCUUUGAACGAUUUUUAAUAAGAAAGAUUCAAUUUUUUGUUUUGGGAAUUUUUUUUCUUUUAGGGUAAUUUUUUUAAUAUUUUAGUGAAGGAAUUAAAUCAUGUUUUUCCUGGAUUGGUUCUACGGUGUCCUUGCUUCCCUUGGUUUAUGGCAAAAAGACGCCAAGAUCUUGUUUUUGGGGCUUGAUAAUGCCGGCAAAACGACGCUGCUUCACAUGCUCAAAGAUGAGAGAUUAGUUCAGCAUCAGCCAACACAGCAUCCCACAUCAGAGGAAUUGAGUAUUGGGCAAAUCAAGUUUAAGGCUUUUGAUUUGGGAGGUCAUCAGAUCGCUCGAAGAGUGUGGAAAGAUUACUACGCCAAGGUGGAUGCAGUUGUUUACCUGGUGGAUGCUUAUGACAAGGAGAGGUUUGCUGAGUCAAAGAGGGAGUUGGAUGCUCUCCUCUCUGAUGAAGCCUUGGCUAAUGUUCCAUUCCUCAUUUUGGGCAACAAGAUUGAUAUACCAUAUGCUGCCUCAGAAGAUGAGUUGCGUCAUCACCUUGGUCUGAUCAAUUUCACCACAGGCAAGGGUAAGGUCAACUUGGGAGACUCAAAUGUUCGUCCCCUUGAGGUAUUCAUGUGUAGCAUUGUUCGUAAAAUGGGUUAUGGAGAUGGUUUCAAGUGGCUUUCUCAGUACAUUAAGUAGGUAGUUGCUACAGGAAAUUUAGAUAUGCUUUCUUUCUUAGAUGUUAUUUUAUAGUGAAUUGAGUUGGAUGGAACACUUUCGGAAAUCAGUGUUGCAGGUGUUUCAAACACCCCCCUCCUAACCCCACCUUUCCCCGGUUCUCUUAUCUCGUUCUUUUUUUCUUCCAUUUUUGUUGGAGUUGGUAAAGCCCCGCUCUACAAGACAAUGAGACAUACAAGUAAUUGAUGAUUUAUUGUGAUUGAGAUUUGGGCCCCUGACGUUAAUUUGGAGGGUGAUACUUUUAA